GUCUACGGUGAUGGUAGUUUUACGCGUUCAUUUAUGUACAUAUCCGAUCUCGUUGAUGGUCUAAUGCGUCUAAUGAGCUCCAAUGUGACUGAUCCCGUCAACCUGGGAAAUCCUCAUGAAUUCAGCAUUGAAGAAUUGGCCCACAUUGUAAAAAACCUUACAGGAAGUUCCUCAAAGAUUAUUCAUAAACCAGAAGCAGUUGACGAUCCAAAGCGACGAAAACCCGAUAUAGAAAGAGCAAGGCGUCUCUUAAACUGGAAUCCGAAAGUGGAGCUCCACGAAGGCCUGCAAUUAACUAUCAAGGCGUUUCGUGAAUCACUGCGCGCUAAUCCAGGCCAUGGAUCACCAAAGUCUGGUGAAAAACUUCGCUUAGAGGGCCUCUAA